AUGUUUAUAGUACAACGGAAUGAACAAUUUUUUUUUGUGGUUGCCGUUGGUGUUAUAGCUGGUGUUGCUCAUAUUGCUAAUGCUACUACUACUGCUGCUACUACUGCAGUCGGUACUGCUGUUGUUACUGCGUCUACUGCUGCUGCUGUUGCAAACAUAACAGCUGGUGUUGCUCAUACUGCUCCUGCUGUAACUGCUGCUGCUGCCACUAGUGCAGUCGGUACUGGUGUUGUUACUGCGUCUACUUUUGCUGCUGUUGCCUACAUAAUAGCUGGUGUUGCUGCUACUGCUCUUACUGCUGCUGCCACUACUUCUGCUGUUACUAGUGCAACUGUUACUACUGCUGCUGCUACUACUUUUGCUGAAAGUAGUGCUGUUGCUCACUACUGUUACUGCAGUCGGUACUGCUGCUAUUAG